AUGAAUAUCCACCAGGUUCUGUUCUUCUGCUUCUUAUCAGCACUGCAGGAUGGAGACACUGGACUCAGCAAUGCAAUACAACUUUAUGCUGGAGCUGAAGGAGGAAGUGGUUCACUGACUUACUCCUUCACUUCAUCUGGAAACACCAAGUUCUUCUGUAAAGGAGAAUGUAAAGAAGAAAACAUUCUCAUUAAAACAGAUGAUGUCACAGCUCAGAGCGGCAGAUACAGCAUCAAAUAUAAAGACGGAUCCUCUGGAACAAGAAGUGUGACUGUGACCAUCACACAGCUGACCAAGUCGGACGCAGGACGGUACAGAUAUGGUUUGGGUGGAUCUUUGUUCCCAGAUUCUUACAGUGACUUCGACCUCAUAGUUACAGAUGAAGCACCGUUGGGGGAAAACACUCGUUUCAUCCCUGCAGAAACUGAGGGAGGAAAUGUCACUCGUGAAUGCAUUGGUACUGACUAUGGAACCAGGAAGUUCUUCUGUAAGGAUGAAUGUAAAAAAGAAGAAGACAAUCUGGUUGAAACAAAGGGGAACAAAGCUGAGAUUGACAGAUACAGUAUUAAAUAUACAAAAGUAUCUGAAUAUGGACUGUAUGUGACCAUCACACAGCUGAAGAAGUCGGACUCAGGAUGGUACAAGUGUGGUUACCGCAGACCUUCGUCUACAGAUUCAUCCUACUCAUUCCCGAUCUUUGUUAUAGAUGCUCCAACCACUGAAGAACCAAACUGGACUCUCCGACCUUUUCCAACAUCAGUCCCAUCAGCCUCCACACCAGCAACAACACAGAGUUUAAUCUCCAGUUCAGGAAGCUUCACACCUUCAUCAUCUUUCCCUGAAACCACAGAGCAGUCUGCAGAAACUGAGGGAGGAAAUGUCACUCGUGUAUGCAAUGCUGCUGUCCAUGGAAGCAUGAAGUUCUUCUGUAAGGAUGAAUGUAAAAAAGAAGAAGACAUCCUGGUUGAAACAGCAGAGAACACAGCUCUGAAUGGCAGAUACAGCAUUAAAUAUAUAGAAGGAUCUGGAAUGUAUGUGACCAUCACACAGCUGGAGAAGUCGGACACAGGACGGUACAAGUGUGGUUACGGCAGAGCUUUGUCUCCAGAUUCAUUCGACUGGUUCCCGAUCAUUGUUGUAGAUGCCGUCUCCGGUGUCUCUCUUCCAAGUUACUUCUGGCCUCUGGUUGCAUCUAUGUCUCUGAUUAUUGUGAUGGUUGCUGUUGUUCUGCUGUUCGUCUACAAACUGAUGACGAGGAGGAACUCUGGUUUGAACACCAGAGAAACUUCAGACAGCAGAAACAUGGAGUUAUCUGUCGUCUAUGUCCACUAUGAGAACCGUCCUCCUGUCCACUAUAAGAACCGUCCUCCUGUCUCCAUGAGUGAAGAUCCCGUCUACCAGAGUCUGGAUGCAGCCGGCAUGGAUCCAGACCAAACCUACUCUGCACUUAGAGAGACAACAAACAAAUAAUGAUGUUUGGAUUUGGAUCUGGAUUCUGUACUGAGCAGGUUAACAUCUGCUGCAAGGUUCCAGUUUUUUCUACUUUCUUUCUUUAUUUUUUGCUUAAUCAGCAGAUAUUAACUAUAAACUUGUUAUUCUUCACUUCUAUGCUGAUGAUACACAUCUAUUAAUGUUUCUGAGAAUGUUCAACAACUUAUUUCUUUUUGAAAUGUUCAUUCUGUCUUUAAACUGUAGAUGUUGUUUGAUAUUGUUCUUCUACACUUUGAACCAACUCUGUGUUCUACAAAUUAUGUUUAUAUUUGACUAAAUUACAACAGCAGAUAUGUAACAUUGCUGAAUCACAUUUUCUCUCAACAUGAUGUGAAAAUAUUGAUACUGAACGUAUUAAAUGUUCAGAGACAAUGUACCUGGCUGUUUUAUAUUCCACCAAAAUAUCUGAUGCUUUAAUAAAAUCUCUGCUGAUGCAGUAAAA